UCGUGUGUGUGUAAAUAUUCAAUUUGUUUUAUAUUUAGAGGACAGAACGGUUCCAAUUGUUUAAUGGAAAGCACUGUUCUCACUUAUUAUUAAAAUCUACUAAAAAUCAAUGAAAUAUGUUCUAGGCAACAACGCUAAAAACGGUAGAAAUAACACUGUACAAUAUACUUAUAAUGUUGUCAUACAGCUUUCCGAUGAUAUUGUAUUUUCUACGAUAUUCUUGGUUCGUGAUCAACAUUUCAGAAAUAAGAGCUGUGUUCGAAAGUAUUGGAAGGGAUUGCAGCACGCUGAAGAAUCCUCUCGAAGUGGAGAUGUUAAUGAAACAUAUGGCAGAAACGAGACGUGUUAUCAUGGCAUACAUAGUUCUAGCAGUGCUGCUAGCAGUCUACAUAAUUGUAGCAAUACUGGUCCCUACGAUAUUGCACUCGAAACUUCAGCUACGUUACCUAAGAAUGUUCGGGUUCUUCUACAAAGAAGAAAGCGCAGAAACUGAUUGGGUUGGCCUUCAGCUCGUACUGGUAAGCGUGUUGGGUCAAUUAGCGUUAGUAGGUACGGAAGCGUCAGUUGCUGUUUUUGCUGCGUACUUGUGUGGAUUAUUUGAGAUCACCAGUUAUCGAGUAUACAACGCAGUCAACGAUGUGGCAAAUUCUGUUUCCUCGAAACAGAUAGACAUACAACCAGCCAUACAAAUACAUCAGCGAGCCGUUGAGUUAGUAUCUCCAUUCAGAUAUUAGUAUAACAUUGUCGGUGUAUGUAUUAUUACACCUUUAUUGUGUUUUGACACUAUUUUACGAAUGGAGGCUGGCCGCAAACCUCGGGAAAUGCAUGACGUAUUCGUAUUUAAUGGCAAUCGUGGCAGUCGUCCUCUCGUUUGCUGUGAACUUAUACCGUGUAAGCAUUGCCGGAAGUGAGUAAAAAGGAUUCGAAAAUCGCUUGAGAUUAUUCUGAGUUAUAUCAGCGAAAGGAUCGUAACAAAACUGUUUUCACUAUGUAACAGCUUCUUCUGGCAGCUAAGAACGCGGACGACGUGGAGAACCUGUUCUUUUCUGCAUCCCUCACGCUGUCGCAUAUUUUAAUUAUGUUCCUAGAUAAUCAUAGCGGUCAGAAACUGGUGAGCACUAGCGUCGAAGUUUUCCAUGAAACGUAAGUUCGUAAUUUUUAUCUAACCCUCCAGCGUUUCACAGUGCGACAAUUCCGUCCAUUUCCUGUUACUAAAUAAUCAAAUUAUCGUUUCUUUUCGUUUAUUUUGCAAAAUGGAAUUCUUUAAAUUAUGAAAUUCAAAGCGAAGUCCAUAUUGUUGCUUUGAAAUGUUAAACGAAAAUGGACGAAGCAUUAUCCUAGGAUAAUUUUUGUGCAAUCAUGUCUGGGACACGUGGGAGGGCUAAAUUAAAUUCUUUUAACGACGUUGAAGAAAAUGAAACCGAGUCGAUCCGAUAAUAGUGGGAGAAUUAUUCGUGACUUCCAAUCGAUUGGAUAGAAUUUACAUUAAAAAAUUAAUCAAUAGCUGUAAACAGAGCUGCGAAUAAUUGAACAACCUCCCACUACCGAUAAGAAAGUACACGCAUUAAGAAAGUAAUUAAACGACGCCGUUCAAUGAAACAGA